AUAAAAAAAGAAGAAAAAAGAAAAAAGAAAAACUCAAACGGAUCUCAAUUGCAAACGUAGAAGGGGGGGUUUUGUUUGGCAGAGUGAGCUGAGGCUAUUAUCAACACAACACAAACAACAAUCUCAGGGAAUCAACACCCAAAAUUUUCAUUUCCCUGAUUACGAUUAUCUGAUCAUGCUAUUCGCUUCCGAUUCCCCUUUCAAAUCCUCCUGAAUUUUUUCUGAAUCAUAUCAGAUUCGAUUGAGUUAUACCCCUCAAUGCAAUGGUGGUCUGCAAAUGUCGCAAGGCUACUAAGUUAUAUUGUUUCGUGCACAAAGUUCCUGUCUGCGGGGAAUGUAUCUGCUUCCCGGAGCACCAAAUCUGCGUGGUCCGGACUUAUUCAGAAUGGGUUAUAGAUGGGGAGUAUGAUUGGCCCCCAAAAUGCUGCCAGUGCCAGGCUGUUUUAGAAGAGGGGGAUGGUUCUCAAACAACUCGACUGGGUUGCUUGCAUGUUAUCCACACAAAUUGCUUGGUCUCACAUAUCAAGAGUUUUCCUACACAUACUGCCCCAGCAGGAUAUGCAUGUCCUUCAUGUACUACUUCGAUAUGGCCUCCCAAAAGUGUGAAAGAUUCGGGAUCCCGUCUUCAUUCCAAGUUGAAGGAAGCAAUCAUGCAGUCUGGUAUGGAAAAGAAUGUUUUUGGAAAUCAUCCAGUUUCAUUGCCAGUGACAGAAUCACGAAGUCCUCCACCUGCUUUUGCUUCAGAUCCAUUGGUUAAUAGGGAAAAUCAUGGAAACUCAGACUCGGUUGAUGGAUCACUUGCAACUGGGUCAGAACUACCUAAAAUUUCAGUGACAGAUAUUGUGGAGAUAGAUGGUGCUAAUUCAGGAGGAAAUUUCAUGAAAAGCUCAAGUCCUGUUGUUCCCGGUGCCACCACAAGGAAGGGCUCAGUCCACGUUGAACGACAGAAUUCUGAAAUUUCUUACUAUGCUGACGAUGAAGAUGGAAAUCGUAAAAAGUACACAAAACGAGGUCCAUUCCACCAUAAGUUUCUUAGAGCUUUGCUUCCUUUCUGGUCUCCUGCUUUACCCACUCUACCAGUGACUGCACCUCCAAGGAAAGAAGCAUCAAAUGCAACCGAAACCUCAGAAGGCCGUACACGGCAUCAAAGAUCAUCUAGGAUGGACCCAAGAAAAAUUCUUCUCCUGAUUGCUAUUAUGGCUUGCAUGGCAACUAUGGGUAUAUUGUAUUACAGACUAGUGCAAAGGGGUCCAGGGGAUGAGCUGCUUCUAAAUGACGAAUAAAUUUGCCAUGGAGUGCUCUUAAAGUUCGGAGAUGUUCAGUGACUCCCAUUUUUAAUAUUGCUGGUUACUGCUGCUUAUCUGUUUGGCUUCUUUAUUUGGACCAGUCGCUGUUUUGGCAAACAUACAAGUAGUUUGUUGAUAAUUUUUCAUCUGAAUGCCUAAGACAGUGACGUGUUACAUAAAAUCCUAGUCAGCCAUUUUGCUCUUUGUCCUCAGUUUUGGUGUCCACUUGGAAUGUAAUUGCAGAUUCAGAUUUAAAUAUUGUUCUCUUAAUUGGAUUAGCUGUCUUGUCUCGACCAUUUCAAAUAUAAAUUCAGACAUUCUUAACCAGCCUUA